CAAGAAAUGUAUGAGUAUUAAAGUUAAGUAGUGUAAUAACCACUUGAUUAAAAGAUAUGCUUAUGUAAGGUUCUUGACUCUUUUUUCCACACAAAACAGACCAUUGCAAUUGACAUGAAUGUUUCCAGUCUGUUUCAAACCACUCCAGCCAAUGCCGUGUUUUUCUUCUUUUUAUACAAAGGGGAGUAGAAACUUGGAUGCAUUAUGCCAGAAAUCACUAUAGCUACUUAUAGUUAAUCUUCACUGCAUUUUCAGCAUAAUUAUUGAAGAAAACUCGUGCCAUACUUCUUUUCUCUUGAACUUUCUGUUUCUUUUGCAAUUUCUGCACAAGAUUUUGUUUCCAGAUCUGCAUAUUGAUUGGCUUUUGUCAGUUCAAGACAUUUAUCUUUUGAAGCAUCUUGCUUGUGGGAUUGUGUUUCUUCAUCCCAUUUCUCAAGAUUUGGCAAAUGCCCAGAAGGGUUCAGUGAAGGUAACUUAGAUGCUUUUGCUUAAUUUUUGUUUCUGUUCUUGAAGAUGUUGAGAAAGAUAGAAACUUGUUAUCUUUACUGAGAUGUAUUUGGAUGUCAAGUCAUUACUGUGAUUCAAGAUUUGAGCUUUUUAUCUGUUCUUGCUCCUUUUCUUGACUAGCUGUUGGUGGUUUUUUCUGCAUCCUUUUUGAAGGGAUAAAGGGUGAACACAGAAAGAGAAGAACAGGUAAAUUAGGAAGGGGAAGGAAGAAAUAUUGGUCAAGCAUGAGGCUCCAAGGCAUGGGAUUCUUUGGCCUAUUUGUUAUAGGGAUGAUAUGUGUACUUGUUAGAAUAGGAGAUGCUCAGAUGAAUGCAUUUUUAGUUAAUUGUGGAUCGAAUUCCAGUAUUAAUGUGAAUGGCAGAAAAUGGAUUGGUGACUCAUCUCCAGGGAACAAUAUCACCAUGAGUGCACCUGGUAUUGAAGCAUCCACUGCCAUGGUCAGUGGAGAUACAGUUUAUGCAUCACUAUACAAAACUGCUAGAAUUUUUACGGACAGAUUAAAUUACACUUUGCAAGGAGCACAGGGCAGCUAUUUUCUUCGGCUCCAUUUCUAUCCGUUUGCAUUUCAAAAUUUCAAUGCAAAUCAAUCUUACUUUUCUGUGGAGGCCAAUGGUUUGAAGUUGGUUUCUGAGUUCAAUGUCCCUGGUGAGAUUGGAGACAAGAAUAGCAAUUUGCAGGCUUCUAAAGGCAAUUCUAGUUUUACUUCCUUGGUGAAGGAGUAUUUCUUCAAUGUGGAAAGCAAUGGUAUUGCAAUUGACUUUAUUCCAAGCAAAGGUUCUUUUGGUUUUGUGAAUGCAAUAGAAGUUAUUCCAGUUGCAGAUAAGCUCUUUCUUGACUAUGUAAAGAAAGUGGGUGGAAAUGGUGCUAAUAGUUCUCUUAAUUUGAGCAAAAGGGGGAUUGAAACUAUGUAUAGGUUAAAUGUAGGGGGAUCGACAAUCAAUCCUGAUCAGGAUUCGGAGCUCUGGAGAUUAUGGGAGCUGGAUUCUGGCUACAUGAUCAAUGUAGAUGCAGGGUCAGAAAUCAGAAACAAAUCCUACAUAGUCUAUGCUUCACCUAAUGACACCUAUUUUGCUCCCAUUCCCGUAUAUGAAUCGGCUAGAACUAUGUCCAAUAAUGAUGUCUUGGAGAAAAGGUUUAAUAUGUCAUGGAAAUUGGAAGUGGAUCCUGAUUUUGAUUACCUUGUCCGAUUACAUUUCUGUGAGCUGGUAUAUAAUAUAUCAAAUCAAAGAAAUUUCAGAAUCUAUAUAAACAAUAAAACUGCAGCCGACAAUUUUGACAUCUUCACCCGAGCGGGUGGAAUGAACAAGGCAUACCAUGAGGAUUACUCUGAUGUGAUGCCUUCCCAAUCGAACAACCUGUGGAUACAGCUUGGUCCUGAUGCAAGCGCUGCUGCUGCUGGAACUGAUGCUCUCUUGAAUGGUUUAGAAGUUUUCAAGUUGAGUCGAGAUGGUAAUCUAGCUUUUGUACAGAGCUAUCAGAAGUCAGAAGAGAAAAAGUCUUCAAGAUCUUUGAUACUUUGGGUGGCAAUUGGUGCUGGCAUUGCUUCUAUUGUCAUUCUUGCAGCUAUCGUAGCGCUUAUUUUCUGGUUAUGUAGAAAGCCAAGCACUCAACAGGGUGAUACGAAAAAGACCUCUCCUGGAUGGCGACCUAUAUUCCUUCUUGACAGCAGUACUAAUGCAAAGGGAUCUCCACGAGGUCAAAAUCCCAGUGGAUUUGCAGCCAGUAGGUCCGGAAGGCGUUUCACCCUUGCAGAGAUUAGAGCAGCCACAAACAAUUUUGACGAAAGUUUAGUGAUUGGUGUUGGAGGAUUUGGUAAGGUGUUCAAAGGAGAACUUGAAAAUUGCACACUGGCUGCGAUUAAGCGAGCUAAUCCACAGUCUCAACAAGGUCUGACAGAAUUUGAAACAGAGAUUGAGAUGCUAUCCAAACUGAGGCACAGGCAUCUGGUUGCCAUGAUAGGAUUCUGUGAUGAACAAAAUGAAAUGAUAUUGGUAUAUGAGUUUAUGGCUAAUGGUACACUUAGGAGUCAUCUCUUUGGGACUGACCUUCCAUCAUUGACGUGGAAGCAACGAAUAGAAGUGUGCAUUGGUGCAGCCAGGGGCCUGCAUUACCUUCAUACAGGAUCAGAACGGGGAAUUAUCCACAGGGAUGUCAAGACUACAAAUAUAUUGUUGGAUGAGAACUUUGUAGCAAAGAUGGCUGAUUUCGGGCUGUCCAAAACUGGUCCAUCAUUGGAGCACACACAUGUGAGUACCGCAGUCAAAGGGAGCUUUGGAUAUCUAGACCCUGAAUACUUCAGAAGGCAGCAGUUGACUGAGAAAUCUGAUGUCUACUCAUUGGGGGUGGUAUUGUUUGAAGUCGUAUGUGCACGAGCUGUUAUCAACCCAACGUUGCCAAAAGAUCAGAUCAAUCUUGCAGAAUGGGCAAUGAAAUGGCAACGCCAGAAAUCACUUGAAACCAUUAUUGACCCACGACUCAAUGAGAAAUAUUCUCCAGAAUCUUUAACUCGAUUUGGAGAGAUCGCUGAAAAGUGUCUUGCAGAAGAAGGGAAAAGCAGGCCAACCAUGGGGGAAGUUUUAUGGCACCUGGAGUAUGUCUUACAAAUUCAGGAAGCUUGGCUGAGUACAAUUGCAGAAGAAAUGUCCUUCACUGGUAGUCAACUUCUGGAGCUUCCUGAGGAUAAUGAUAGUACAGAACUGGAUAAGGAAGGUGGUUUGGAUAAACCAUGUAAAAAUGGUGUAUCUGCAGCAGUGGCAGCUGAUCAACCUGAUCAGUUAGUUGUUGGAGGAGCUGGAGUUUUCGCAGAUUUCAAGUCUACAAGGGAGGUGAUGAUCCAAAAAGGCAUGACUGUCAUAUUCAAUGAUGUUAUCCUGUUGCUGACAGUUGGAGAUGAAAAGGGUAUGCAAAGGCAUGGCAGGGAUGAGGGGCAGGAGCGGUCAUCAGCUUCUGAACUGUUCACGGUCAGAUUUUGGCAAAAAAAAAUAUGCGGUUCAUAUUAUUAGUUAUACAUCGAUUUUCACAACGUGUGUGGGACCCGUAAAAUUUUGUACUAAAGUUAUACGUUAUGCAAACAAAGUUACGCCGUGUGCAAUCAAAGUUAUGCGCUGUUGA